AUGCAGAAGCUGCUGGCAUCUCAGCCACACAUCGAAAAGGUUAGGAAUGCUCUGGCGAAUGAUGGCAUUCAAUGGGUAUUCAUUCCACCACAUGCUCCUCAUUGGGGAGGAAAAUGGGAAUCUGCAGUCAGAUGCGUAAAGCUGCAUAUUCGCCGAGUCAUUGGGAAAUCUACUCUCACCUACGAGCAGAUGCGAACUCUACUUGCACAAGUCAGUGCGGUGGUCAACUCACGACCCUUGUGCUACAACUCGGACACAGAUAUCAAUUAUUUGUCGCCAGCACAUUUCUUGAUCGGCAGGCCUCUCACAACUAUACCAGAGGCAGACUUAGGCCACAUCCCCGUGGGCCGACUUGGGUACUGGCAAAGUAUCCAAUCUAUGAUGCAAGGUUUCUGGAAGCAAUGGCAUCAGGAGUAUCUUACCACAUUGCAACAGCGUCCAAAGUGGACCACUACAACACCAAAUAUAGCAGUGGGAGAUGUGGUGCUUGUAAAGGAAUCGAACACCCCACCAGCUCACUGGCAUCUGGCGCUGGUUCUCGAAGCCUACCCAGGCAAGGAUCAAUUGGUUCGAGCGGUUAGACUCAAGACCUCUUCGGGAGAAUUAACUCGGCCAAUCACCAAGGUUGCGGUAUUGCCCCGUUCAGAAACUGUGUUUCAGGGCGGGCCGGGAUCGACGCUUUCCUUAACCAAGGAGCAUUCAGCUCCAGAGUCGAAACAAAAUGGAACGGACUCACCGGUUGAACUGCUCCUGAUGGCGGAGCUACAGUACAGAUGUCUACACGUUUCUCAAUUACUCGGUCGUUUCCUCGUGAUCGUCCUUUUGGACAAGCGGAUGCGAAGUGUCCAAGCUCGUCGCAUUUGA